CUCUCUUCUCAAGUGAGUGAAGAGCACAGUCCGGUCAAUAGGAUGAGAACCGAGUUCCUUAUGCAGCUGGACACUGUACUAACUUCUGCUGAGGACCAAAUAGUAGUAAUUUGUGCCACCAGUAAACCAGAAGAAAUAGAUGAAUCCCUUCGGAGGUACUUCAUAAAACGACUUUUAAUCCCACUUCCUGACAGCACAGGGAGGCACCAGAUAAUAGGACAACUGCUCUCACAGCACAAUUACUGUCUCAAUGACAAGGAGUUUGCACUGCUUGUCCAGCGCACAGAAGGCUUCUCUGGACUAGAUGUGGCUCAUUUGUGUCAGGAAGCAGCAGUGGGCCCACUCCAUGCCAUGCCAGCGACAGACCUUUCAGCCAUUAUGCCCAGCCAAUUGAGGCCCGUUACAUAUCAAGACUUUGAAAAUGCUUUCUGCAAGAUUCAGCCUAGCAUAUCUCAAAAAGAGCUUGAUACAUAUGUUGAAUGGAACAAAAUGUUCGGUUGCAGUCAGUGAUAAUUUUUCUUUUUCUUUUUCUUUCUUUUUUUUUUUUAAUGUAAUGAAUGUUGGCACACACACACACAAAACCUGCUACAUAGGGUAGAGAAGCCCUUUUCAGUAGUGUUCAAAUUGCAAAGGGUACUGGGGGAGAUGACAAUGAUGUUGCAUCUUUAGAGUCAGGGUAGACUUGGAGGAAAAGUGCAUCAAACAAGAGCUGCUGAUCUGAAAAGCCCCAGGUGACAGGAAGCGUGUGCUGAUGCUCAGUUCUGUUCAAGCCAGACACCACUCGCCAAGGAGCAAGGUGCAAGUGGGUUGAUUUCAGAAGGACAUGAACCCCGUGUGUUGAUUCCAUUCUGCUGUUCUUGAGAUUUAGUUGCUGUCAAGUGCCUGGAGUGGUGCUUUUUUUUUUUGUUUGUUUGCCUCACAAUUACAUUGGUGGCAUGUGCUAAUAUAAAGAGCUUUAACUUCAAACAUUAUUGGACUAAAGAGAUGAACGGUUGUGUUGCGACAGAGAACCAGAUUUUUGCCAUUCUAAGAGCAACAGUAUUCCUCAAUCCUGUCUGUUCUGCAGUAUUAAGCUAAGAACAGGUAAAACAGGGUAACGGUAAUCUGGACCUUAAUUUCUGCAGUUCAUUUCUUUUAAUGUUCUGUCUGCAAAAACUCAGGAAAGUGAUUGUGAUUUGUACAGUACCUCAAAGGAAUGUGUUGAAAGCACUAUGUACUGCUGAGAGUUAUAGGCUAGGCUUCAAUGUUACUUUAUAUUAAAUAUGUAUGUUUACCUCAACAAUUGGAAAAUGGAAAGGAAAAUUAUUUUGAAUGUAUCCAGGAAAAUACUGAAGUGUGAUAUGACUGAAUCUUUGCAGUUUAAAGUAGAAAAUAGAAGGGUUUCUUCAAAAAAAAAAAUUGGUUCUUUUACCAAUCUGGGAAUCAAACCAGAGCAGAAUAAUUCUCUUUAUGUCAGUAAACUAUAAGAGUUCUUAGUACAUUGCUCCUUGAUAAUUAAGUGAUAUGGUUCUUAAAAGAUAACACUGGUGAAGGAAAGCCACUUACUCCGUUUAUGUUAGCAUCUGGAAACAAUCAACCACUAGAUCUGUUAGGACUUUAAAAGGCAUAUUACCUAAAAACUAUGACUGCCUUUUACUGCAUAAGUGGUGGUUGUGGUAGUUUUGAAGUAAUUUGUUAAAACUGUUGGGAUUGGCGACAUUCUAGCUCACGGAUACAGCUUAUGGGGUUGCAGUGCUGCUUAUAGAAUGCAGUCAAUAGUGGCCAAAAACAGAAACACCUCCCCAACAACCCCCCACAAACAAAUGCAGACAAAAUGACCCCAUACAGACCCUCAAAGUUAUGGGGAUUUAUCCCACACACAUACUUUGGCUCCAUUUUCGGUCAAUAUAUUUUCAUUAUGCUUUUGAAAUCUCUCCUGGGCUGGAGUGUUCCUGCCAUUAUUUCUACCUCAGUUUUGUUACAUUUCUCUUUGAAGAUAAAUAGAAAAUUAUACCUGGAUGUGUGCACACGUGCAAAUACACAUAUAGCUUGCCAAACAAAUUAAUUUCUAUUUCCUGCUGCGCUUCUUUCCCUAUAAGCCAAGUUUCUGGAAAGAUCCAUUUGCGCUUCUCAGCCCAUCUCAAUCACACUCUCUGCGGGAGUCUUUCCUCAUGGAAAGACCAGCUGGCACAUGUGGCAUUUUGCUCGGUUCCCUACUCCUUCCCUCUAGCCCACAAUGGCAUUCUCUAUAUGCAGCAGCAGCUGCUUAUUGACUGCUGACUGAUGUUGGGCAAUGCCUCUGAACAGGAGCAGUGUAGGCUCUAACUUUUCCAAACCCACUGCCACUACAUGAGCAGAAAAGCUUGGCUUUUUGAAUGUAAUUUGGGGGGUUGUUUUAAAGAGACAGUAACAAAACUGUUGCAAAGCACUGGCAUUUGAUGUUUUUAUUAAGUAAUGUACCUUCAAAAAUAAAUAAAUAAAUGCACUAAAAAUCCCCAAGAAGAUAAAUAUCUGUUACUAGAUUUUUUUUUUGUCAUUUCAAAAUUUAUGUAAAGAUCUCAUUUGGAGUGUUAAAUUCUCUGAAACAUUUAACAUUUAGAAAGCUAAUGAGGGAUUUCAUGAGAUUUCUGGAAUUUUAUGAUGCUUGAUCAUUGCUUUCCUUUUUCUUUUCUCAUAUUACUAAAAAUAGAGCAAAUGAACCAAAAUUUAAUUUACUAUGACAUUUUGUCAAUUAAAACUGUGUUUAGACAUGAAAAUUCCAUAUUGAAAACAGUGCCUUUCAUUAAGGGUAGAGAAAAUACCAUUUAAAUAGAUCAUCUGCUUUUCUGCAAGUGACUCAACUAUACAAUCGUGUUCUGGCUCCACACUGCGCUUCCCUCAAAGGAGGGAAAUUCCAACAUCCCCAUUAGCUUGUAGGUUCAUAUUGAUCUCACUGACAAGUUUACUAUUGCAGAGUGCUGACCUAUUUUCUGUCUUUUAGACAUUGCGUUUCAUUUCUGUCAUCACGCUGUGCUCACUUGAAAGGUUCUGCCAAGUUUUGACAAACCUCCUCUGAUUUAAACCACUUUGGAAAAAUCUGUAAUACUGACCCCUUCUGUGACUAGUAAGAGUUAAUGCCAAAUAUGGGACUGAACUAUGGUAUUUUUUGCUUUUGUUCAAAAACUGAAAUGAAGUUAUGGGCAGGCAUUUAGGCUUCUAGCUUUGAAUUUCUCCCUUAGAAAUCUGAAUCUGAGACCUUAUUGGUCAAAAUCUAUCUCUUUCAGCAAAAGCUGAAAUAAUUUGUAAGUUCCAGCUAGCCUCAGAAUUCCAGGGUUUGAAUUCUUAGGAAAUUCUAGACGCUGUAGAAAUUAUUAUCUUGGGGAAGGGGGUGUGUAUAUGAAACAGCUGACCUGUGAGCUGUCUUCUAAAAUUCUCAUUCUUGAUGCUAUCCAUAGAUGGACUUCAUAGUUUUCUGCCCAUCCCUUCUGGAAGUAGGUACAGUACCUCUACAGAAGUGAUUAGCAACAAUCAGUGGUAGUCAAAUCACAAUAUUCAGACUGCACAGAGUUGGGUUCCUUUUUGGCUGCUACAGACUUGAAGAAGGCCACUAAUGAAUGUAAGGUAAUGAGCCAGUCCAUGUAACAACUUUGCCUAUGCUGAAUGGCCAAGUGAUUGAGCCAGUCUGAUUAUCUGAUUAAUAGCCCCUAAUAAUGCUCUUCUUCACAAAUACAAUAACAGUUCCAACAAUCAAACACACACACACACACACACACACACACACACACACACAACCAAAAAGGAAGUGGAAGAUCGUUGGUUCAGAAGAUCCCAAAGGACCAAUAAAGAUUCAAGAGGUAGUUGAUAAUGACCUUAUAUGUGACAUAGAUGAAAACACUCCACACUUUUAGCAUACUUCUCUCCAAAAUAUUUAGAACCUUAGUGACAAUAUUGAAAACUUUGCUGACUGAGCUGAUCAAUGGGAUGUGAAGGCAGUUUACUUUAAGGCUAUUUACUUUCACACAGAAUGUUUAUCUAUUAGUCAGUUUGUAUUCCACUCAAAUGCAGAUAGACGGGUAUAAUGUUUUCUUGUGCGUUUCAAACCCAUCAAGGAGAAAAUAAACCAUUCUGCUAAAAUACAUAGGCCAAACACCAUCUGGGCAAGUGAUAGCAGCUAUCCAGAGGCUAUGCUAUGUGAAACAGUAUAAGGUCAUUUUACAUGGGUUUGCAUAGUACUUGCCUAUGCAGUUUUCAAAAUAGGAUCAUCCAUUCUCAAAAAACCAAAUUAAUUCUUGUGAUAGGAUUUUGUAAAUUUAUAUAUAUAAUAUACAUAUACAUGUAUAUUAUAUAUGUAUGUAUGUAUAUAUGUUUUUAGGGCCCAGUUUGGGGGAAGCAUUAGCAAUUCCAUUCUUUGAAAACAUACAACUUUAAGCAAAAAGUAAUUCUCUAAUUACGUUUCUAUAUGUUUCCUCUGAGCCAGAAUUGAGAUGUCAUGAUCACUGAAUCUAUAUUCUGCAAAAUGAAAGGGAACACAGUUUAUUGAGCUGUUGAGGUCACCAAAAUAAAGUUCUAAUAUAUAAUCAA